UCGCUCCGCGCCCGCCUUGCAGAGAGGCAUGGGUGGGUGUUGCGGCCGGUGUGAUGCCGUGGCUCUCCGGGCUGCGAUCUCUUCCUGAUCCCGAGACUUAGAGGGGAUCCCGGGUCUCUUUCUAUCCGCUAAUCUCGGCCCGGUUUCCCAAACCAUGGAGGCCAAAGGGCUUCUUUGCCUUGCUGAUCGCCUCGCUUGCUAGCCCACAGGUGGUGGCCGCUUUCCCUGGGACAGACGGUUGGACUCAGUGCGGAAAUCCCAAUUGUUUUAUUACCGGUUCUCUGGGCGUGGCUUAGUGGGCGUGGUGUGGCUUGGUGGGCGUGGCAGGGGAAGGAUACUGCAAAAUCCCCAUUCCCACCCCACUCCUGGGGGAAAGAUCCUGCAAAAUCCCCAUUCCCACCCCACUCCAGGGGUACUGCAAAAUCUCCAUUCCCACUCCACUCCUGGAGGAAGGAUCCUGCAAAAUCUCCAUUCCCACCCGACUCCAGGGGUACUGCAAAAUCUCCAUUCCCACCCCACUCUGAGACCAGCCAGAGGUGGUAUUUUCCAGUUCUCCAAACUUCUCAAAUUUUCCGCUGCAGGUUCUCCAGAACCUGCUGGAUUUCACCCCUGGUUGGACAGCUUCCAUUGAAAGGGUUUUUUUUCCCCCAAAUAUCUGGGCAGGACGAUGUGCGCCGCCACCGUCCCUCCUCAACCCCCAGCCGGGGUGCCUGCUUUCUGCCGGCGAGCUUGGGAACCGGUGUUCGCCAAGGUGAAGCGCGCCAUCGUGUUCAUGGACUCGGCUUGCGCGGAAAGCCUUCACUGGGCGUGCGGUGGCAUCGACGGGCUCUUGCAAGCCGGAGCCCAGAACGUCAAGGAGUUCUCCAGCUUUGAAUCCGGGCAGGCGGAGCAACCUAAAGCUGUCUUCGUGGUCAGCACCGUCUUGAAAGGCCGGGCCGUGGACGUCAUUCGGGACAUCGUCAGCCUCAGCAACUUCCAGUACUGUGUGGUUUUCACAGGGGUCAACCACACAGUGCACUUGCAAGCGUACAACACUCCCCCCGGCGCCGAGACCGAAAGCUCCAACCUGGUGGUCUUCGAACAGUUCGAAGAGAAGCUUUGCCAAUGGAUGGGCAACAUGAACUACACGGCAGAGGUGUACCACGCUGCUUUGUUUCUGGCCCCUCUCUUACCCCACCUCUUUGUGAUGCCGGCCUUUUCCACGCUUUUCCCUUUGAUGGCGGAGGAUUUGGCGCGGAUCAAUAGUGCGCGACCAGAGAAGAAAAAAAUCAGCCACCUGAGUGAUGUGGAUUUCUUCUCCCUGCCUUCCGAGUUGCAGCUUGCCAUCAGAUCCCUGGUGUCGGAUCUCCAUAUCUUAUUGGAGUAUCUUAGCAUUCGGGAGGAAUGUUUUGCCAUUGGACCGCUGAGCAAGAUUAUUGCAGGGGAUCUGGCAAAUUAUUCCCAGGCUAAGAUCAGGAGGAAAAAUGCACAAAAUAAAGCUGCUAUCGUUUUUGUGGAUCGGACUUUAGAUUUGACAGGCGCUGUCGGGCAUCACGGUGACAACUUAGCAGAGAAGAUUCUCUCCAUACUUCCCAAGUUACCAGGUCAUACAAAUGAUGUGAUGGUCAAUAUGAUGGAGCUCACCAGCCUGCACACUAAUGAGACAAGUUGCAAUAUUAUAGCUCCCGGCUGCUUGGCACAACCAACAGAACCAGCUGCCAGAACUCUGUGGGAGUCCUUAAUGAAUCUAAAACAGAAGGAAGGUUUGAUGGAAGUUAGAAGACACCUUGUGGAAGCUGCAAGCCGAGAAAACUUGCCUAUCAAGAUGAGCAUGGGGAGAGUCACCCCAGAACAGCUUCACUCGUAUAUCCAGCUCUUCAAAAAAAAAUUUGACGCACUGGAAAAUCAUUGUGGGCUUUUGCAGAUCGCACUGGCUGUUGUGCAGACUCUAAAAGACCCCCAGAAUGCCAAAUGGGACAACUUCUUAGCCUUUGAACGGCUAUUUGUACAGAAUAUUGGUGAGUCAACAUUAUUUAAUGCACUGAAGCAACUGCUACCUAUUAUCAAGCCUUCCAGUAACAGAACAGAUGAUGACUACACUCCCCAAGAGUUACUUCUAUUAUUGGUGUAUAUUUACUCCAUCGUGGGAGAAGUCAAAACUGGGAAAGAAUUAAAUGAGGCUGAAAGUCAAGUGAAGGAAGCCUUUGUCCAAGCUAUUUGCGAUGAACCAGAGCUACCCCCUUUGCUGCAGAAAAUAAUAGGUUGUGAGUCUUCCACCACCAAGGUUACAUUUCAAAAAGCCACGGCUGCAGUGAAUGAGAUCUUUAAGAGCCUACGGGACGUUGCGCGAGCUCGGACGCACAUGAAACAGUUUAAUUCUGUACAUAUCCCGGGAACCCACGGCCAACAGGCAUCUUAUAAACCAUUGAUGAAGCAAGUGGUGGAAGAAAUUUAUAAUCCUGAUCGACCUGAUCCUGUUGAUAUUGAACACAUGUCUUCUGGGCUGACCGAACUUCUGAAAACGGGAUUCAGCAUGUUUAUGAAGGUGAGCCGACCCCACCCAAGCGAUCAUCCUAUCCUGGUUAUCUUCAUGGUUGGUGGUGUAACAGUAUCUGAAGUCCGAAUGAUAAAGGAUCUUGUCGCAGCGCACAAGCCUGGAGUAGAGGUAACUGUUCUCUCGACAACUCUUCUGACACCACAUAAUAUUCUGGAGCGGCUUUUUGCAACAGACCGUCUCAAGCCAGACAUUGGUAUCUGAAGUGGCCAAAAGCGGGCAUCUGGCCCAACCUCUGGGAAACGCACCAAAUUCUUGCCUUCUGCCUUUCAGGAACAUUCCUUUAAAACAGAGAUGCUCUGAAACUGCCCGUAACAUGAGAAAUUUUUCAGACGGGGAAAAAGCGAUGAGCUCAAUGUCCGCGAAGAAAAGUACCUACUUUAGUCGUUACUUCAAAGCCGUUUUUGAGGGAUGUCACGCUGAGCUCCCUGUCCUUGCAGAAAGGUUGCUUUUAGCUGAAAAUCCUUUUCUCUCCAGCUUAUUAGCAGCGAUGAUGGUUGCAGGACAUUACUGUAUCAGAGCAUUGUAAAGAUUCAAAGAACAUUGUAAAAGCAUGGAAGAGAGCAACCCAGGCCUUCAUUUUUAGACAAAGCUUCUGCUACAUUUGCUUUGAACACCAUUAUUCACGAAUUUUCUUUAGCAAGGUAGAUAAAAGCUCCCGCCACGCACACACACACACAAAAAUGUGUGACUGGCAAAUUUGAUCGGAAAUAUCUUUAUGAUCUCGUGAGAUAAUGUACCCUUCUGGACAAAUAAUAGGAAUGGGGAGGGGGAAGCCAAUGCCAAGACUAGCCAAGAUUCAGCAGCAUCCACAGGGUGGGUCAAAAUAAGCAAAACUGAUGGUUGUGAAAUUGCAAGCAUUGCCCUUUUGUGAGUGCACAAGUCUGAAAAGGUUGGGGUUUCAAUUGUGGUGAUGUUGUUACUGCGGUCUUGCCUUUUUUUUUUUAUUCACGUCAUCACCAUCUAGAUUACGUAUUAGUAGCCGCGUUACAAGGCAGGAGACACCCCUGUGGGAAGAGUUAAUUGGCAAGAGUUUGAAGCUAAUUGGUUUUCCCCAAGAGCCCCAGUUUCCAUUCUUCAAAGAGAAAACCAGUCCCCUGUUUAAAUCAGGGGUCUCCAACUUGACAACUUUAAGACUUGUGGACUUCAACUCCCAGAAUUCCUCAGCCAGCUUUGCUGGCUGAGGUAUUCUGGGGGUUGAAGUCCACAAGUCUUAAAGUUGCCAAGGUUGGAGACCUCUGGUUUAAACAGAAAAAUCUAGCAUGCGCUCUGGCGUCCAUCCACCAGUCAUCUCAGACAACACUCCAAAUUUCUCUGAAGCGCUGCAGAUACCCUAACCCUUAUUUAAAACUUGAUACUCCAAUAAAAACAAACCCAGACUCUUUGGUGGGUAACGGAUGUUGUUCAAUCCAAAGUUACCCCUGGCCAGAAUAUGCCUCGCCCAAAAAUAAUAAUAAUAAUGUGUGAAGUUUCUUCAGAAAUAAUCUAAAGAGAACGUCGCAUUGUUAUGAAAGCCCAGGAUUCUAACUUUGCAAGUGGGAAGACCGUCCUUAUUCAUGGUACUGCAUCUCCUAGCUCUUCCAUCUUCAGAUCCAGUGUUUCGCAUAAAUCUCUUGUUGUCUGGGAGAAAAUGUUUGCCUGAUGUUUCUGACAUGCGUGUUUUCAGUAUGAAGAGAGUCUGAUGGUAUUUAGUGGAUGGAGCCUAUCCCAUAUAGCAGGGGUCUCCAACCUUAGAAAUGUUUAAGCCUGGAGGACUUCAACUCUCAGAAUUCUGGGAGUUGAAGUCCUCCAGACUUAAAGUUGCCAAGGUUGGAGAACCCUGCCAUAUAGGAUAUUCAGAGAAAUAUCCACAGAGGGAAAAUUGUUAUCCAUUUCUUUAAACAUCACACACACAGAGUGUGUUUAUGUAUAGAGAGUGUGUAUUUACAUGUUCAAAGCAAAGAGCCAUGCAGUUCAUUUUCUGAAUAAAAAGUGGCAUGAUUUAAGAUUAGGCAGCAGCGCCUCAUCGGCCAAGCCGAUUUGUGACAUGGUUUUCUUUUCAUAUUGCUAUUGCACAGUUGAUUUGCCUUCAGCAACUUUUGAUUUCCGUUUUAUAGUGCAGUAGACUAUAGCUGAAGUAGACUUCAGCGUCGCCAAAUCCAGCAGUUUUGCUUGUUGCAAAACUGCCCUUUUUAAAAGACUUUUCAUGCCCCCCCCCCGUUGAAGAUGAUUUAAAUUGGGCUGCAGCAAAUGAAACGGCCACUUUGUGAGACAUGCCUCAGAGGAAAAGGGCCAACUUUUGAGCAUUUUACUCAUGACCAUAAUCAGUGGAUGAGCUGGCAAGCCAGCGUGAGCUAUAAAACUACUUAAUUGAUGCGCUUAGAGAAAAGGGUAACACAGUCCCCAUGGUUACCAGGCCAGAUCUGUCAUAUUGAACUAAUAGGCUAAAUUCUCUUAUUAAAUGAAGGAUUCCCCCAUGGGCCAACUUUUGUCAGGUACACAACUGCAUUGGAACACGGGCCGAAAAUGGGGGCUGCGGAGACCCGAGUUAUACGGGACUUCGUGUAAGGUUGCACUGCACUCCGUUCAUGCAAAAUUCCACAGAGUUUCUUCUUACAAUCUUUUAUUGCCUUGACCAGUAGAGAACAGUUUUGGCCUCUAAUUCGGAAUGGUCCAUAGUAGAGGAAGGUGCCAGAAAAAAACAAAAUGGACACCUUCUUCCUUCCCACAUGCAAGGAAUGUUUAAAAAUGAGAGGCUUUGCCCAGGUAGUCAUGCCUGCUAAUCUUGCCUUAUUUGACCCAGACACAAACGGAUGCUCCUGUGCCCUUGGUACCACAGCUGCUUUGGUGUUUUUGAUAUGUUGUGCUAGGUAGACUUUUGGGGGAGUUGUGGCCAAGUGGUAAUGUCCAUGGGGUUUUUAGCAGAAGCUCUUGAAUAAUGGGAGUGGCCACCGUGUAGUUAGAAAAGCAUUUGAGAAGCAUGUAGCUUUGUAUAGCAGCUAUACAACUGUUGUGGUAUAGAAAUCUAUACUUGCGAGAGAAUUGCUGGUGGGUGUGUAGCAUUCUCAAAAACCAACGGACCUGUGCCCAUGAAUGAUUUGUUUCACACGACCAGUAAUACAUUUUUUUUCCUUACUUCACAGCCAGUAGAAAUCUUACU